GUUUUCGCACGCCCACACUGCACAGCUCUCAUCACUUACCGCCUUUUGUUGUUCCUCUUUCAUUUCUUGUUGUUUCACCUUUUAUACUUCAAAUAAACCCUUUUCUUUCUUUUACGCAAUGAGCGAUCGCGAUUGGGCUGAGGUGCAGAAGGCCGUCGAGGCGGAAUGGGACACGACCAUCAUUCCGGCGCUGUCCGAGUACAUCGAAAUCCCCAGCGGCAGUCCUGACUUCGACCCAGAGUGGGCGACCAACGGUCUCAUCGAGAAGGCCUUCCACGUCCUGAUUGAGUGGAUGAAGGCGCAGAACCUCCAGGGCCUCACCUACGAGUUCAUGGAGGAGAAGGGCAGGACGCCGUUCCUCAUUGCCGAGAUCGCCGGCACCGAGCCGACGAAGAACACGGUGCUCAUGUACGGGCACAUGGACAAGCAGCCGCCGCUGCGUCCGUGGGCGGAGGGCCUCGACCCGCACAAGGCGGUCCUGCGCGAGGGCAAGCUGUACGGCCGCGGCGGCGCGGAUGACGGGUACGCGAUCUUCUCCGCCAUUACCUCCGUCUCGGCACUGCAGCGCCACGGCAUCCCGCACGGCCGCGUCGUGGUGGUCAUCGAGGCGUGCGAGGAGUCCGGCAGCUUCGACCUGGACUACUACAUGGAGCGGUGCAAGGAGAAGAUCGGCAACGUGGACCUGAUGGUGUGCCUCGACAGCGGCGCCAUGAACUACGACCAGGUCUGGCUGACCACCUCACUGCGCGGCGUCACCGGUGGUGUGCUGAACGUGCAGACGCUGACGGAGGGCAUGCACAGCGGCGUCGCCGGCGGCGUGGUGCCGGACACCUUCCGCAUUGCUCGCGAGCUGCUCGACCGCAUUGAGAGCUCGAAGACCGGCGAGGUGCUGAUCCCCGAGGCGCACUGCGCGAUUCCCGACCACGUCGUCAAGUCCAUGGAGGCGAUGCGGUCGGUGCCCUUCAAGGAGCAGUUCGCCACCGUCGAGGGGGUCUCGACGGAGCCGGGCGACAACGUGGAGCUGGCGCUGCGCAACGCGUGGAAGCCGAGUCUAACGGUGGUGGGCGCCAACCUGCCAGAGCCGCAGGUGGCUGGCAACGUGAUUCGGACAGUCACGUCGCUGAAGCUGUCCCUGCGUGUGCCGCCGCUGGCGGAUGCGGAGAAGGCAACCCAGGCGAUGAAGCGGGUGCUGGAGGCGGACCCGCCGUACGGCGCGAAGGUUUGGUUUGAGUCGGAGGCGGCCGGUGACGGUUGCGCAACGCCGGAGCUGACGCCGUGGCUGGCGCGCGCGCUGAACGAGGGCAGCACGAUGGCGUACGGACGCCCGGUAGCCUUCCAGGGCAUGGGUGGUGCGAUCCCUUUCAUUGCGAUGCUGGUCAAGGCCUACCCGCAGGCGCAGUUCAUCGUGACAGGCGUGCUCGGCCCCAAGAGCAACGCUCACGGUCCCAACGAGUUCCUGCACAUCAAGUACGCGAAGGGUCUCACCUUUGCCGUCAGCCGCGCCAUCGCGGAGCACUUCCUCCACACCCCGAAAUAA